ACUUUCACCGCCUGGUGUAACUCCCAUCUCAGGAAAGCUGGCACCCAGAUUGAGAACAUCGAGGAGGACUUCAGGAAUGGCCUUAAGCUCAUGCUGCUUUUGGAAGUCAUCUCAGGGGAGAGGCUGCCGAAACCUGACCGGGGAAAAAUGCGAUUCCACAAAAUUGCUAAUGUCAACAAAGCCCUGGAUUACAUCGCCAGCAAGGGUGUCAAGCUGGUGUCCAUCGGGGCCGAGGAAAUUGUUGAUGGCAACGUGAAAAUGACGCUGGGCAUGAUCUGGACCAUCAUCCUCCGCUUCGCCAUUCAGGAUAUUUCAGUUGAAGAGACGUCUGCCAAAGAAGGGCUGCUGCUCUGGUGCCAGAGGAAGACGGCGCCCUACAGAAACGUGAACAUCCAGAACUUCCACACCAGCUGGAAGGACGGCCUGGGCCUCUGUGCGCUCAUCCACAGACACCGGCCCGACCUCAUUGACUACUCAAAGCUCAACAAGGAUGACCCGGUAGGAAACAUUAACCUGGCCAUGGAAAUCGCAGAGAAGCAUCUGGACAUUCCCAAGAUGUUGGAUGCAGAAGACAUUGUGAACACCCCCAAACCCGAUGAGCGAGCUAUCAUGACGUACGUCUCCUGCUUCUACCAUGCUUUCGCGGGAGCGGAGCAGGCCGAGACAGCGGCUAACAGGAUAUGUAAGGUUCUCGCUGUGAAUCAAGAGAAUGAGAGGCUGAUGGAAGAAUAUGAGAGGCUAGCGAGUGAGCUUUUGGAGUGGAUCCGCCGCACCAUCCCCUGGCUGGAGAACCGGACACCGGAGAAGACCAUGAAGGCCAUGCAGCAGAAGCUGGAGGACUUCCGCGACUACCGGCGCAAGCACAAGCCGCCCAAGGUGCAGGAGAAGUGCCAGCUGGAGAUCAACUUCAACACGCUGCAGACCAAGCUGCGCAUCAGCAACCGGCCGGCCUUCAUGCCCUCCGAGGGCAAGAUGGUGUCGGAUAUCGCGGGGGCCUGGCAGCGACUGGAGCAGGCGGAGAAGGGCUACGAGGAGUGGCUGCUCAACGAGAUCCGCAGGCUGGAGCGCUUGGAGCACCUGGCGGAGAAGUUCAAGCAGAAGGCCUCCACGCACGAGACGUGGGCCUACGGCAAAGAGCAGAUCCUGCUGCAGAAGGACUACGAGUCCGCCUCGCUGACCGAGGUGCGGGCGCUGCUGCGGAAGCACGAGGCGUUUGAGAGUGACCUGGCGGCGCACCAGGACCGUGUGGAGCAGAUCGCCGCCAUCGCCCAGGAGCUCAAUGAGCUGGACUACCACGACGCCGCGAACGUCAACGACCGGUGCCAGAAGAUCUGCGACCAGUGGGACCGGCUGGGCACGCUGACCCAGAAGAGGAGAGAGGCCCUGGAGAGGACGGAGAAAUUGCUGGAAACCAUUGAUCAGCUCCAUUUGGAGUUCGCCAAGAGAGCUGCCCCCUUCAACAACUGGAUGGAGGGUGCCAUGGAGGACCUGCAGGACAUGUUCAUCGUCCACAGCAUCGAGGAGAUCCAGAGUCUGAUCACCGCCCACGAGCAGUUCAAGGCCACGCUGCCAGAGGCGGACGGGGAGCGGCAGUCCAUCAUGGCCAUCCAGAACGAGGUGGAGAAAGUGAUUCAGAGCUACAACAUCAGGAUCAGCUCCAGCAACCCCUACAGCACCGUCACCAUGGACGAGCUCCGGAACAAGUGGGACAAGGUGGGGCGGGGCUGGGAUGGGCGUCCCGAGAUCGCCCGCAGCUCCGUCCAGAUCACGGCGGCCCUGGAAGACCAGAUGAACCAGCUGAAGCAGUGUGAGCACAACAUCAUCAACUACAAGAACAACAUCGACAGGCUGGAGGGGGACCACCAGCUCAUCCAGGAGGCCCUGGUCUUCGACAACAAGCACACGAACUACACCAUGGAGCACAUCCGCGUGGGGUGGGAGCUGCUGCUGACCACCAUCGCCAGGACCAUCAAUGAGGUGGAGACGCAGAUCCUGACACGCGAUGCCAAGGGCAUCACCCAGGAGCAGAUGAACGAGUUCAGGGCGUCCUUCAACCACUUCGACAGGAGGAAGAACGGCCUGAUGGACCACGAGGACUUCAGAGCCUGCCUCAUCUCCAUGGGCUACGACCUGGGUGAAGCUGAGUUUGCCCGCAUCAUGACCCUGGUGGACCCCAAUGGGCAGGGCACGGUCACCUUCCAGUCCUUCAUCGACUUCAUGACCAGGGAGACGGCCGACACUGACACCGCGGAGCAGGUCAUCGCCUCCUUCCGGAUCCUGGCUUCUGACAAGCCGUACAUCCUGGCGGAUGAGCUGCGCCGAGAGCUGCCCCCAGACCAGGCUCAGUACUGCAUCAAGAGGAUGCCUGCCUACUCGGGCCCAGGCAGCGUGCCAGGGGCCCUGGAUUACACGGCCUUUUCCUCCGCUCUCUACGGGGAAAGUGAUCUGUGAUGUCAGGGUUCUGUAAGCGUGGCUCCCACCAGAAUGCAAUAAAAGCUGAAGUCACCCUUUGGUUUUUGGAAACUCUGGCAAGUUUGUUAAGUUAAAAGAGGAAAAAAAUGUUGCAGUUCAGUAAUUGCCAGCAAUGUAACCUGGCUGCAAUUAAGUUUCUACAGUAUGUGCUAGUGUGCUUCAUACAUAGGUUUCUUUAUUUCUGAAUUUUUAGCUAAAUGUGAUGAAGUGUCAGGUGGUUUGUUUCUUUGCUAAAACAAAGGAAAUUACUUGAGUAGCAUGAAAUUGGAAACUCUAGGGAAAGAAGAUAAGUGAAAAAAUGGGAAAUUCCCAAAUACCCGACACUCAAGACCGCGGGGUGGGGUGGGGUGUCGGGGGACUCACAAACUUGGCAAAUGCUUGAUACUUUGAAAAAAGAUUCUUCCUACCUGAUGUGCAUAUGUGCAUAUUCCCGGGGGAAUAUAUUUGGGAUUUUAGUAUUUUGCUUUCUUGCUUCUCCAAAAAUUAGCCAUAUUUAAAUAUAAAUGUUACCACCGGCUCUUUAGUUGAAUUUCAUAUUGUGAGAUGCAACUGCCAGGGAAUAGAAACAGACUACCUGAAAGACACGUAAUGCUCCAAAUUGUUCAAUAGGGAUUAUAAAAGCUCUGUAUUGUUUAGGAUUAUGUAGUCCAACCGGUGGGUUUUCAUGCCUUACUUACCCUCUGCUGUGGGGACCUCAGGAAGGAGAGAAACCGGUUUCAUAGCAGAGCAGACAAGGAGAUCUCUAGGUAGAGUGCGUUUUUAGGAUUAUUUAUGGGCUCAGGCUUCUCUGUGCUCUGCAGUUUGUCAGUGUAGGCCCUCCAGAGUGGCCCGUAACACCCUGCCUUUAAAUCAUCGGAUGUCUGACACUGGCCCAUAGCAGCCGAGUCAGAACCGGCACCUUGCAGUUGUCCAGGCAACUCCUCUCUGCCUCUGGCUCAAACACAGCGGGGAGGAGGCUGUAGAAGGGCCGGGUUCUCGCGAUGGUCGAGGUAAGUUCCUUCACCGAGAACUUUCACUUCCCUCGGUGGAUUCCUUCCGUCCUGCCAUCCGCCCCAGGUGUCGCCGCCGGCACCUGGCGUGUGACCACUGCCUCUCAGUUCCGACGCAGGCUGUGUCGGCGCCUGCAGCCCCAUGCCGGAGGACAGCAGCCGCUCCUCGGUUUCCUGGCUGUAGCGUUCACUGUCUUCUCUGUUGCGCUGUGGGAUGCGCUGAGCCCCCCUCCCAUUACCCCACCGCGGCCACAGCUCGUAGAGAGCAAUGCAGGACUUCUCUUUAUGACUAUGACUCAGUCCUUCAUGAUCAGGACGUGAUUUUCAGACAGACAAACGCGCUUGCAAAACCUCAGUUGAAGUGUUACUAGAAAAAACAGGGCUGUGCCUGUUUCCUGCUGUUUCCUCAGAUUUUUAUAGGUUUCUACCAACAGCUGGAAGUGUGAGAUUUUCCACUCAUAACUGGUAACAAUACUUUUACUACACUGAUCCAUUUAGAACCUUCAAUCUUUAUACAUUUCAUUGAAUUUACUUCAUUGUAGUAAGUAGUUGGUUUGCAAACUCCUGAAGUAUCUGAGUCUUGGAGUUUAAUGUCAAACAUUUUUUGGGUGGUGUUUAGGUGAAUUCUGACUAUUUUACUUCAAGCAGGUGCUAUAUUCCAGCCAUAAACAUUUAGGAAAAUCCAGGAAGUUGUCCUACCUGUGAGGCUUUGGGGAUUUCCGGUGUUUUAGAUGAGUGGAGGUGACUGACCCACCUACCGUUUUAAUUUCUUUAUAACAGUCAAGAGAAUGGAUCAAUACUCUCUGCUCAUAAUUGAAGAAACUCUGAACACUUAAUAACACUUA